CAAUUCCCGUAUAAAUUUAUCUAUAAACCCCCUACGGUCAAGCACAAGCAGCUUGAAGAAGAAAACCCACAGAAAAUCAUCAGAAUCUUCGAAUCGAAUAUUGAAGAACAUGAAGAUCACUGUAAUGACUGCGGACGAACAAAUCGUUACUUUAGAAGUGGAUCGCGAUGAAUCUGUUGAAAAUCUCAAAGCUUUACUUGAAAUCGAGUCUCAAGUGCCACUACAGCAACAACAGUUGCUUUACAAUGGGAAGGAGAUGAGGAAUGCUGAGACACUGAGCGGUCUCGGUGUUGCUGAUGGAGAUUUGGUCAUGAUGGUGUCCAAUGCUGCUUCUUCAAGGGAUUCUAGCAACGAAGUUAGCUUGAAUCCAGACGGGUCUGCUGUGAACCCAGCUGCCUUCCAGCAGCAAGUACGGAACAAUUCAAAUUUAAUGGCACAACUGUUUCAGAGUGAUCCUGAGUUGGCACAAAUUAUUCUUGGGAAUGACUUGAAUAAGUUACAAGAUGUCUUACGGGUUCGUCACCGCCAGAGAACUGAAUACAGUCGGCAACAAGAGGAAGAGAUGGCACUACUUUAUGCAGACCCUUUUGAUGUAGAAGCACAAAAGAAAAUUGAAGCUGCAAUCCGCCAGAAAGGUAUUGAUGAAAAUUGGGCUGCUGCACUUGAACACAACCCCGAAGCUUUUGCGAAAGUGGUCAUGUUGUAUGUUGACAUGGAAGUAAAUGGUGUCCCCUUGAAGGCAUUUGUUGAUAGUGGAGCGCAGUCAACUAUAAUAUCAAAAAGCUGCGCAGAGCGUUUGGGAUUGCUUAGGCUGUUAGACCAACGUUACAAAGGCAUUGCUCAAGGUGUUGGUCAGUCGGAGAUUCUUGGUCGGAUACACGUUGCUCCAAUUAAAAUUGGGAAUAUUUUCUACCCUUGUUCCUUCUUGGUCUUGGAUUCACCGAAUAUGGAAUUUCUAUUUGGAUUGGAUAUGCUUCGUAAGCACCAGUGCAUUAUCGAUUUGAAAGAUAAUGUCUUGCGAGUUGGUGGAGGAGAGGUUGCUGUACCAUUUUUGCAAGAAAAGGACAUCCCGAACCGUUUCUUGGAUGAGGAGAAACAGUUGAAAGAAGCUUCUAGCUCUGGACCUCAAGGUGCAUCGGGAUCAGCGGCACCAUAUGGCGGCCAAUCUUCUGGAGCUGUCGGAAGCAACCCUACACAGGGAGCUGAAUUUGAAGCCAAAAUUAAGAAGCUUAUUGAACUAGGGUUCAGCAGAGAUGCAGUCAUACAAGCUCUGAAGCUUUCUGAUGGUAAUGAAGAACAAGCAGCUGGAUAUCUUUUUGGCGGGUAAAUCUUGUAUCCGUAAUUUAAACUUUUCAAGCCACUGGUUUGAAAUCAUAAGUUCUAAUUUGAAAUGUAUACUUUGUAACAUUGAUUCUUUUCUUUUCUUUUUUAAAUAUUUUUCCACUUUUAACUGUUAAACAACAUUGAUUUUGCUGGUCAAUGACCAGAUUCAGAACGAUUCGUGUUUAUAGACAACCUAAUUUCAGUGCGACUUGCCAUCAA